AAUCGCUGGGAUUACAGACGUGAGACACCGUGCCCGGCCAGGAUCCGGGUUUUAACUAGCCCCUGGGAUUAUUCUGAGGUUCAGUGAAGUUUACGGGCAGUGAAGAAACCGCGGAGGAGUCGGCUAAUGUUUUGGAAACAUCCAGAGAGAGAAAGACGGCCCGGGCUGUUUUUCAGGCCGGGCACCCUAGGCUUGGCUGCGUCCCCCUCCUUUUCCAGCCGCCCCGUCCCCAUCCGACCCCACCUGAUUCUGGCCUCAUCCCGACCCCUCGGGCCCGCCCUGCGCCCAGGUCUUCUCCCCGCGGCGGGGUUCGGGGUCGGGGACGCGCGGCUGCAGCUAGGCCCACGUUCCUCUUACUUCCCGCCAUUGUCCUGGGUUCCUGUGGCCGAGUCUCCGCACCCGCCCCUGGCCGCCCCACGGCCCCGGGGAGUGAUGACUCAUUUCCUUUCCCCAGCUGACAUCAUCGUGCCCCCACCGUGGCCUGGCUCGGGUGGCUGCCUGCGCCCUCCCAGGCCCCCUCCCUGCCCCUCUCGGCGCGAGGGCGCAGGCGCGGCCUGGCGCGGCGCUUCUCCGCAGUCAGGGAGCGCCGGAGCCCGCCGCGCUCUCCCUGGUCUCCUGGGUCGUCCCCGCCACCGCCCGGGCCGGCGGGGAGGGAGGGACAGAGACUGGCCGCGGCCCCACUUCUCCCAGCCGCGGCCCCGCUCUCCCGCUGGGGGCCUGGGAGUCAGAGCUUUCACGGUCACGGAUGGGGAAACUGAGUCCCGAGCCUUGACCAAGGCAGUACAACCCCCCCUGAGAAGUGGGGGACAGGAAUUCAGGACGCUGGGCUCUAGGCCGGUGGUUUCCCACAGACCUGAGGUGUUAAUCUACCCGCACCCCAUGGCAGUCUGGGGCCCGAUGGAGUCUCCUGCCAGGGUACCUCCAGAAUCCUUCCAGUCCUUUCCCUGACCACUGCCAGCCCGGCACAGGCCCUGUGCAAUCUCCUAAACAAUUCCCUGAUGCCCUCCCUGCCAGCCUCAUCCCCUGCCCUCCUCCCAUCCUGCGCCAAGCCCCAGCCGCUGUGUAGCCCUGCGUUUUCCCAGAGGCGCAGGUUACAGGCCUGUCACCUUCCCGACUUGGGUAACUUCUAAGCAACUUUGAAGAUUUUUGCAGGUAUGUAUUAGUCCGUCCUCACACUGUUAUAAAGAACUACCUGAGACUGGGUAAUUCAUAAAGAGAAGAAGUUUAAUUGACUCACGGUUCC